AUGGCCGAAGGCAGCAACUACGACUAUCUCUUCAAGGUUGUCCUCAUUGGUGACUCUGGCGUCGGGAAAUCAAACUUGCUUUCGCGGUUCACACGUAACGAAUUUAACUUGGAGUCCAAGUCAACAAUUGGCGUCGAGUUUGCAACACGUUCAAUAAAUGUCGAUGGGAAGACCGUUAAGGCUCAGAUUUGGGAUACAGCCGGACAGGAGCGUUACCGAGCAAUCACAUCUGCUUACUAUCGGGGAGCUGUCGGUGCCCUGUUAGUCUACGACAUCGCUAAACAUGCAACCUAUGUCAACGUCACCCGAUGGCUGAAGGAACUGCGGGAUCACGCCGAUUCAAACAUUGUUAUCAUGCUGGUGGGAAACAAGAGUGACUUGAAGCACUUGAGAGCAGUGCCAACGGAUGAGGCAAAGGCGUUCUCAGUGGAGAAUGGACUGUCAUUCAUAGAAACAUCAGCGCUGGACGCUUCGAAUGUCGAAUCCGCUUUCCAAACUAUCUUGACUGACAUCUAUCGUAUCGUAUCAAGCAAAACUCUUGAGGCCUCUUCCACCCCAGCUGAUCAACCCACGGCGGGCAUCAGAGUCGAUCCAAGUCUCCCUUCAGAAGCCGCCACUGGGUCCAACAAGUGCUGUUAGUCGAUUUAUAUCCAUUGCCCGGGACUUAAACCAGGCGGACGCUUUGAUAGAGCGAGAAGUGGUCUUCCCGUGUGCCUCCCCUUUCCUUCCGUGUCAAUAUUAUAGUUUUAUCUCUUUGUCUAUUCAUCUUUCGGAUUUUUGUUUCUUUUCCCAUGAGAGGCCUCUCCCUUUGAAGCACCAACGUCGGAUACCAUUUCGUCCGCAAUGGUGGUACUACUGAGAUGGCGGAAGUCGCCUACUCUCACAAGGAGCUCACACGAAAGGUGAACAGGUGUAUGGAUCACUCUAAGGUUUACACAAUUAAGACGGGCACCUGCAGAAGGAAUAACCCCAGGAAUUGCUUACUGCUCUCAUCCCCGAAUUAUUGACAUCGACAACGUACCAGC